AUGAAUGGAGAGGACACCCUUGCAAGGAGACCCACGGUUGGUGCUCAAAUACCAGAGAAGGUACAAAAGCAUCCCUGGAGACAAGUCUGUGACCUUGCACUACAUUUGGUGAAUCUCAGUCCAUUCUGGAAAGUGGGAAGAGAGCCAGCCAGCAGCAUUAAAGCCCUACUGUGUGGCAGGGGAGAAGCUAGGAAAGCCUCCGAUGAUAUUGCCAAAUACUUCUCUAAGAAAGAGUGGGAAAAGAUGAAAGCCACGGAGAAAAUCACCUAUGUGUAUAUGAAGAGAAAGUAUGAGGUCAUGGCUAAACUAGGUUUGAAGCCCACCUUCCCACCUUUCAUGCGUAAUACAGGGGCCACAGACCUCCAGGGGAAUGAUUCUGAUAAUGACGGUGACCGUGGGAAUGAGGUUGAACGUCCUCAGAUGACUUUCGGCAGGCUCCAGAGAAUCUUCCCGAAGAUCACCCCCGAGAACCCAGCAGAGGAAGGAAGUGGUUGGAAGGGAGUGUCAGAAGCAUCUGCCCCACAGAACCAUGGGAAACAGCUGUGCCCCCCGGGAAAUCCAAGUACCUCUGAGAAGAUUCACGAGACAUCUGGACCCAAAAGGGGGGAACAUGCCUGGACCCACAGACUGCGUGAGAGAAAGCAGGUGGUGAUUUAUGAAGAGAUCAGCGACCCUGAAGAAGAUGACGAGUAA